AGAGACUAAAGGCUGAUAUCUAGUUCUGCUACAGCCUACAUCUUCAAGUUCACGGUGACUUCUCCCCCGUGUUCCCGGAGGCUCGUGGUGAACAUGAGGCUGGGCGGACAGGUGCUUUGGGUGCUGUGGGUGAUCGCGCUGCACGCCGCAUUCGCUGCCGAAGAGUCCUGUGAGGCGCGCUGUGGCGUCUUCGAUGCGCAGCGGAGAUGCCAAUGUGACUCCAUGUGCGUCUACCACCGCAGCUGCUGCCAGGACUUCCAGUCUGUCUGCCGAAGGAAAGCCGCUCGCGGGGAUACGUUCGGUAACCCGGAUGACCUCCACCCAACGGGGAGUAGCAUGGAUGGGGCUGACGUUACCACCAGCAUCACCCCCAGCCCCACCACCAUCGGCGCUACCCCAGAUCCCACCACCACCGGCGCUACCCCAAACCACACCACAACGGCACCCAUCGCCGCCUCCCCCUCGGACCCCGACGAAGUCUCUUGUAGCGGGCGGGCGUUCGACGCCUUCCUGCAGCAGAAGAACGGGUCCGUGUAUGCAUUCAGAGGUGAAUAUUUCUUUGAGCUUGAUGAGAGUUCGGUUCUGCAUGGGAACCCAAAGCUUAUCAAGGAUUUUUGGGGGAUCCAUGGUCCAAUCGACGCUGCUUUCACACGCAUCAACUGCCAAGGAAAAAGCUACAUCUUCAAGGGGAAUCAGUACUGGAGAUUUGAGGGACAUGUUUUGGAUGACGAUUAUCCUCGGGACAUCUCAGUGGGCUUUGAGAAUAUGCCCAACGACGUUGAUGCAGCCUUCGCUAUACCAGCUCCAAGCCUCAGUGGGAAGGAGAAGGCCUACUUCUUUAAAGGCGACCAGUAUCAUCAGUAUGAGUUUAAAUUCCAGCCCAGUCACGAGGAGUGUGUGACCAUGACUCGAUCCUCCCCAUCCGUGAAGUUCACACACUACACCCAACUGUACCACGACCAGCUGCUGGAGGAGAUGUUCGCAGAGCUCUUCAGGGGGCCUUUCCAGGGUCAGAGUAAAGGCCCUCGUCUGAUCAGCAGUGAUUGGCUGGGCAUCAAGCCACCCAUAGACGCCGCCAUGGUGGGCCGGCUGUGCCUCAGCCCCAAGUCCACGCCCACUACUCCGGUGGUUCGCCCAUCCGGGGGACGGAGGGGCAGUAAAAAGCGGCGGGGCAGGGGGCAUCGCCGGAGGAGCCGUCAGAGAGGCCGUCACAGCCGCUCACUCCACGACUAUAUGCCAGACAUCUUCAGUUACUUCUAUGGAGACCUGAGCAGCGACAACUACGGCAGCGACUACUUCGACAGCGACUACUACGCAAACAACUACGGCGCAGCGACCACCACCGCGCCCCCGGGGCUGGUGGUUCAGAACGUCUAUUUCUUCAAGAAAGAUAAAUACUACAGGGCCAACCUGAAGACCAAGCGGGUGGACCGCGUCACGCCCCCCUACCCACGGCCCAUCGCUAGGUACUGGCUGGGCUGUGACGCUGAAGAGCCUACGGUGUCCCGCGCGGAGAGGAGACGAUGAGAUGAUCCACCAAAUCAUGAUGGAGCAACACCAGAUACUGAAGAUCAUGGAGAUGAUGGGAGAUAAUGAGCUAACAAUACAUGAAGAUCAAUGGAGAUAGUCGUAUAAUAUUAUGAGAAGAUAAUAUUAGGAGAUUAUUAUGAUUUAAUGAUAUAAUAUAUUGAGUUAAUUAUAAUAAAGUGACAAUAAUAUGGGAGCUAAAAUUAUGAGAUGUAUUUUGUCAAGGCGUCGAGUUCAUUAUCUGGAGAAUAUUAGGCUAUGUAUUGACGGAUUGAAACUGCUUAUUUGCAGAACAAAGACAAUGCUCUGAAAGUGACCCUCUCCACACUAAAAAGAUGAAGAUAAAAACUAAAUGAAACAAACUUGAACAAACCAAUUCUAACACAUGAGAGCCCAUUUUGAAAUGCAAUUAAUUUCCUGUCUAGGAUUAAUAAACAACAUGGUAUCUUUA